AUUUGUACUUCUGUUUUUCUUCUUUUUUUUUCAGUUGUUUCACUGUCUUGGCGCGCUUUUUCAAUCCAGUGUAAAAUGGGAUGGCAAGAAUGGAACCAGGCGUGCUACAACUUAACCAAAGAUUUUACACCAUUCUCCAACGCCUCCUCCAUUUGUAGGCAGAGUGGCGCUGAAUUGGUGUCCAUUGCAAGUCUCCAAGAAAACGAAUUCGUCCACAAUAUAUCCGAAGGAGAGGACGUUUUCAUUGGUCUCCGUGCUGCAAAUGCCAAUGACAGCUUUGUCUGGUCGGAUGGCAGCACUUUUGAUUACAGUAGGUGGGAAGACGGAGAACCUAACGGCGAUUGUGGAGUAGACGGCUGUUGCGUUAGCCUCGUGGAACCUACCGGCAGGUGGAAUGACACACCAUGUGAGAUGUGGCAUCCGUUUGUGUGUAAAUUCACAAGCUCGCAACCAAAACUGCGGCCAGGUAAUUGCCUAGUUUUUAGCCUAGGGGGGACGUGUCCGUGUGUUAUGGGAUUAUCAUCAUUAGAUACAAAUAGUCAGGAACAGCGCAUCAAGCUUUGACAAAUAAAAUCCCCGAACGUGGUGUUAAUCGGGCCAAUAUUGAAGAAGAUAGGGCCAUUUUAGAACAUGAAAAUUUACAAAGAAAUGUAUGGAUUGCUGGAGUCCCAUAUUUGGAGAUGUUGGAUGGGUGUAUGUAUAUCUCGGUCAUUAUUAGCCCCAUGAACAACCGUGCUUGAGGAUUUUAUACGUGGCUCACUGGUUAAUAGACUACUAAAGUGUGAUGUCAUAAAAAAUUAAAUUUGUGGAAUUGCGGGAUUUGUCAGAAUAUUCUCAAAGAACAUAAUCCAAGAGGCCUACUUGCCAAAACCUAGCAUUGUGGGGCAAAUUGUCUCUGAGAUAUUAGCCAAGUUAUGCUCUGAUGACUCCAUACAAAUCCUUCUAAAUUUGACAUAGGUCUUAACUUUUAGACCCAAGUCAAUUUUAGAAGGAUUUUUAUGGAGUCAUCAGAGCAUAACUGGGCUAAUAUCUGACUAAUAUCUCAGUGCAGGAGCGCUAAUUUUUGGCAAGUAGGCGUCUUGGACGUUGUUCUUUCAGAAUAUCUUGACAAAUCUCACAAUUUCACAAAUUUAAUUUUUAUAACGUCAUCACUUUAGAACACUAUAGCGGAGCUCCACGCGCGAGCGUAGCCCCACACCCAAGAAAAUGUGGUAAUCUACCCAUCCGAGAAAUUUUGGUAAUCACAUGACCGUAAGCCCGUCCGUCCGUCCGCACCACAGGUAUACCAAUGUAAAAUAACUCAUUGAACAGGUAUGGCAAACCAAAUGAAACUCGAGGUUAUUUUCGCGGGAGAUCGCGUAGCCACCUGCGUCUUGUGAAGCAGAGACAACUAAAGAGUCAAUAAAGACGAAAACGGAAAGCGUAAAUUGUUUCUGUAUCCCUGUUGUUUAAAGUGUUAAGCUUACUAAGAUCAUUUGUCACGUCCACAUAUUUGGAAUAUAGAAAAAGAGAAAGUAGGCGACAAGCUAGGGAAGCUCAACGAGGGAAAGAGCGGAAGGGAGCUAGGGUGAGAGAUAAAUAACAAAGGAAACAUUUUCUGUUGGAAGAACAACAUGAAAAUUUUGUAGCGGCGGUGAGAAAAUGAGAAAUGGUGGCGGCUUAAAGGUGAAAAUGAGCGGCAGUGAAAAAAAUAGUGAAUAAGAACACGUACGACAUUUCCUCUAUAAACGUGUAAGUAGGAAGUUUCUGGAAGUUUUACGUUGUAGUCGUGCAAAACAACCAAAAAAGUGUGCUGUACGUGUAAAGUCACUUUUUUGCUAAGUUUACCUGCUGUUCUUUUUUCACCGUUCUCGUUGCCUUCUCCGCUAAGCAUUACACGAUUUUAUAUUAUAGAGAGCUUCGCUUUUAGCCCUGGCUAAAUCUAUAUAUUUAGCCUGCGUAGCAAGCGUUUCCUCGCGAGCUCGUCGAGAAAGUUGGGACGAGAGCAAAAAAAAAGGAAAGGACGGGGGAGGGGGAGGGGAAUGAAGGAACCUCUUCUCCCCUACCCCUCCCCCUUCCACUUUUUUUUUUUUGCUCCUGCUCUGGAAACGCUUGCUACGCAGGCUACUAUAUAUUAAGACGGAAUCCACCAGGAAAUUGAGCUAAAGAUGUGAUAAAUCAUCUGAGUAACCCCAAAGAAAAUUGGAAGUCCAAGAACAUGAAUAUCAAAUUUCACAAGAAUUAUGAUUACACAGGAAAAAUUCUGAAAAUUCCAUGUGUAAGAUUUGAUUUUUGUGAAAUUUGACAUUCAUUUUCUCGGGCUCCCAUGCGAAAUUUUUUUGUGUACCACAGAUAAUUUAUUACAUUUUUAGCCCUUGAAAAAUGUAACAAAGAAUGCAAUGUGCUUUAAAUUAUUGUGGUACAAGACUUUUAUCAACUGAAAAUCAAAAUUACUCAAUGUCCUGGUGGAUUCCGUCUUAAUCCCAUAAUAUACAGACUUGCACCCAGUUCCCCUCGGUUUGAAAGCAGGCUAAAGGUUAAGUAACGUCGACCGCGAUGUCUAUCGUUUCCAAUCGAGGUAUUGAGCGGAAGUCGGAGUGAGAGUAAAGGAAAUGGAUGAUCGUCCCAACUUUCUCGACCAACUCGCCCCCUUCCCCUUCUCCUUAGCAGUCUUCGGACAUCUUCGGCAACCUUCGGACAUCUCGGUAGUCUUCGUAAUUCUUGGGUAGUUAUCAGGAAAUCUUUGGUAGUCUUCGGAAAUUUUCUGAAAUAUUCGGGAAUUGUCGCAAAAUGGCCGAAAGGUCCUUGAUAUGCCUAAAAUAAUAUAGGCUUUUUGGGGGCAGUUUUUGUUUCUUUCUGAAAAAAAAUUUACUGUUUCAUAUUACAGAGCCAAAAAAUUAAGUAUUUAGUGUUAUCGAAGUAUCCUCAUUCAGACCGUCAUGCAUGACGCAUUGAUGAGUCGACAGCAAGAAACUGUACCUAUCUUUUUAAUGAUAACUAAUCUGAAAGAAAUAAAAUAAAUUUUAAAAAAAUCAAAUAGUAAUAAUAAUGAUAAUCAGACCGAUUGUGGGAUCAGUUUUCAACAGCGUUUAUUUCUCUAGGAAUUUCAUAACUUGCUUUUUUUUCUUUCUUUUUUCUUUUCUUCUUCUUCUUCUUCUUUGCUUCCUAAGGCAUCCUUUUAUACACGGAUCAAAUUGUUUCUAUUACGAUUAACUCGAGUUGUAAUUACUGUUCAAAAUCACAGAACUAAGAUGGCGGAUGGUUCCAAAUCCUUCUUAUUUAAGAAUAUGUGACAUCAUCAUGACAUAACGGCCACCAGAGUAAAAUAAUAUUGAUGUGUUAGCAAACGUUGAGAUUUUAUCAGACACCUUACUAAUAUACUAGUCAGUUUGGGUCUUUUUUCGCUUUAAGGCUACUUUACUUUAAUUAAGGGGAAAACUUGAUAAAAGUGAACUUAAUUAUGUCAUUUUGUCAAUCAAAAUAUACCAGGCUGUUGGAAAAAAUUAGUACAUUAUCCUGUGUAAUUUUGUUGGUUGUAUGAGUGGUUUUAAAGUUAUAGAGAAGGGGCCUCCGAAAAGCCCCCGGACCCACCCCACCUCCUUCCAUCAUGGUUUCAGGAAGCAAACAAGCCCGAAAGAAAAAGAGGCGGGAUGGAUUGGUAUUGGAGGUGGAGUUAUUUCACAACCCAACUUUAAAAAGCCUUUCUGUUUCCUUUUCAGACAAAAAUGCACUGAAAAAAGAACAGAACUUCAUCAUACACGAGCAGAAAAGUCUGGCACAUCACGUGAUCUACAAACAAUCCUUGUCGUCUUUAAUUCACUGUGCGCUGAUGUGCACCAACUCGCCAUUUUGUAAAUCGGUCAACUUCAUAUCAGAGCAAGGAGGAAAUUUUGGCGAAUGUCAACUCAAUGACGCUACAGCAGAAGACUUUCCAUUCCAUCUGAUGCGAGUUUCUAACUCAGUGUAUUCUGUUGUGUAUAGCUCAUGA